GGCCACCCGCAGUUAUAUCAGCAGGAAAGCGAUGCAGAAGCUGAAGUUGAAUCUGAAAGUCCAGAAGUUAGAAGACCCUGUAGUCAGUAUCCUCGCAGACAAUCGCACUAUGCGAGUCGAGGAUUACAUAGAGGGAGUCGAGGCGUAUUUUCGCCUAGAGAAGAAUGGGAAGGUGGAGAAAGUUUUCCAUUCCCUCACUCUCCUCGUAGAGGACAGCCUUCCUUUCGACAUGGUCAUAGGAAUGGAUUGGGGAGAGGCAGCAGGGGCCACACUUCACUUGAGAGAGCAUGAGUGUAGGCUCCCUAGCCCAUCAGGCGCAGUCAAGACUGCUCGGCUGUUCCAUGUGUCAGGAGUAGACAACUCCGUAGCGUAUUGUCUCAGUGCUCCCGCGUUUGCGCGAUUAGUAAGGAAGGAGCAAUUAGGAGAACAGGUCUUUGCAGCCUAUGUUAGGCCCGUUACUGAGCUUAAGGAAGAGAAGCCUAUCGAGCCAGUCAUUGCCAAGUUGUUGGAGGAGUAUACGGAUUUAGCUCAGCCGCCCGCAGGAGUAGUGGCGCGGUCGAUCCAGCAUCGUAUCGAGAUAGAACCUGGCAGUAUAACUCCGAAGGGGGCCGUGUACAAAAUGUCCCCAAAAGAGUUAGAGGAACUGCGUAUGCGGUUAGAUGAGCUCCUUGAGAAGGGUUGAAUUAAGCCUAGUUCAUCUCCAUUUGGAGCGCCUGUUCUUUUUGUUCCCAAGGAGGGAGAGCGGUCUCAAUGCCGUUACCGUGAAGAAUAUUGAACCACUGCCCCGUAUAGAUUAUCUGUUAGAUCAGGUGCAAGGUUGCAAGUAUUUCUCAAAGACAAAUUUAAAAUCAGGCUAUCAUCAGAUAGAGGUCCAUCCUGAUGAUCAGUACAAGACGACAUUCAGGACCAGGUAUGGGCAUUACGAAUUUAUAGUGAUGCCCUUUGGACU